AAACAGUCGGCCAGUGGGGGAAUAAACUGAUGAGCCUGCAUGCUGCAGCCGAAACUCCCUUUUCCUCGUCUCAUACCCCUCAAUUCCCGGCCGGAAGUGGACAAGUUCCUGACGCUAUGGCCAACACCCAGCUCAGUUUCGGGAGCUUCUUCACCAGCAACAAAACCAUCGAUGUCGGGCUAGAAGGCUACUGGGGCCCCGUCACGUCAACCCUCGACUGGUGUGAGGAGAACUACAUCGUCAACUACUACCUGGCAGAAUACUGGAACUCGCUUUCCAACCUAGUCUACAUAGUCCUGCCGCUGGUCGGCCUUCGGUCGUGCGUCGCUCUCGAAGCUGAGCCGCGGUACUACCUCAGCUAUGUAGCGCUGAUGCUUGUUGGCGUGGGCAGCUUCCUGUUUCAUGGGACGCUCACGUUUUUCACGCAACUGCUGGACGAAGUGCCGAUGAUGGCCGCGACGUGCAUAUUCCUCUACGCCCAUAUGCAAAUGUUCAACAAAAAGACCUCUUAUGCCGCCAUCACCGCUCUGGCGCUGACCUUCUUCGUCACCAGCGGCUCGUACAUCAUACUGAAGACACCCAUCGUCUUUCAAAUGAGCUUCAUUACUCUCGCUGCCCUGCAACUCGCCGUGGCAGUCAACAACAUUGGAAUAUUGCGUCUGACCGACAAGCCAGCGGCGAACACCGUUUCGAGGAUCGCGACCGCUAGCGUGACGGCGAUGGUCGUGGCAUUUGUGGUGUGGAAUCUGGAUCAGGCACAUUGUGGGACGUUGCAGGAGAAGCGAAGGGAGAUUGGGUACCCGUUCCGUGUGGGGUUGGAGUUGCAUGCGUUGUGGCAUCUGUUUUCUGGAUAUGGAGGCUAUGCGGCGGUCGUGGGGAGCCAAUACUGUAGACUGAAGGUGCUGGGCCGCUCGGACGUUCGGGUAGCUUUGCGGGGAUGGAUCUUACCGGUGAUUGCAUUGAACAAAUCUAAGACGGCAUGAUAGACGCUUAUGGGCUUCCUCAUCGAAGGCCGACGGCGGCGAAGGCGUACGAGUAGUGAUAGACGUUAGACCCUGGGUAGAUACAUUAGGAUUUGCACUUUGACGCUGGACCUGUACUGGCAUUGUACUCGUGUUUUGUAAGGAGUUCACCUCGGUCUUGCAAUAGAUGUAGAGGCUAUGGAACAUACAAUCAGCGAC